AGCAGCUUACUGCGUCUGCAAAUGUUGCUUAUGCUCGUGCGCUACCAAAAACCAGCUUCAGUUAAGUUUCAAGCAGUUAUAGUCCAUUGUCUUAAGCAAUUACAGUCCCUCACGAGGGAUUAUGGAGGAAUAAUGAAUUCCCUUGGGUUCCAAAUUUGGGACUCGCCAACACCCGAAGAUCUUAUGAUAGCCCUCUGACUAGCUUUGCCAUUGUCAGAGGUGUAAUGAGAAGCGAGCGCACGGUGGUAGCAUAUGAAGCAUUUAAAUGAAAUGCACAAUAAUUGGCAGAUCGAAAUAGUCACGCUCAUUACUGUAUAUAAGUCAAACUGUGCAUUUCUUAGUUCAAACCUGACAGAACAACCACAGAAUGAACGCUCAAGAAAACGCAUCGAAGAAAUGUCGAUGGCUUCGUUUCAAGAUUCCCUGCUGCUGCAACUUUGCACUCAACAUUCGGCUCAACCCAGUUGUAUCUCUUCUUUCCGCCCUCAUCAUCUGGGGGUUUGUCGUGUGGAGUAUCUUGAAAGCUAAAGCGGCAAACGAAGAGAUGGCCAAGUGGAGAGGAUGGAUCACUUUAAAAUUCACUUGGCUAUACAUCGGCACUCAGGACGUGUGGGCCCUGUUCAUUAUUGUGCUGUAUUUGUCCAAGUAUUCCAAGUUGAAGCUGGGCAAACCGCACGAAAAACCCGAAUUUAACGACGCUACAUAUUUCACCAUGCUGUUUGCUGCUGGCAUCGGGAUUGGCCUGUUCUAUUUUGGAGUAGCGGAACCCAUCUGGCAUUACGAACCUGGACAUUAUGGGAAUCGUUACUUUGGAAGGUAUUCCGACAACCAACGAGCCCAAGAUGCCAUGAACAUCACGUUCUUUCACUGGGGAAUUCACGGUUGGAUUGUGUAUGUGGUGGUUGGACUUCUACUUGGCUUCCUCAGUUACAGAAAAGGCCUUCCUAUGACCAUGCGAUCCUGCUUCUAUCCUCUGCUUGGUGACAGGAUCUAUGGAUGGAUGGGCGACUUCAUCGACACCCUCUCGGUUGUGUGCACCAUGUUUGGAGUGUGUACAAGCCUCGGUCUUGGGGCGAUCCAACUCAAUGCUGGUUUUCAGCGACUGAACAGGGACAUCGCGUUCAGCACCACAAACCAGAUUAUCACCAUCUGGGGCGUGACGGCCUGUGCAACCCUCUCAGUAAUCAGUGGCUUGAAACUUGGAAUCAGGCGCCUAAGUGAACUGUGCUUUGGAAUUGGCAUGAUACUGAUGUUGAUUGUCCUGUUCUUUGAUGACACCUGGUAUCUGCUAAAUUUGUACGUUCAAAGUAUCGGCUACUACCUCCAGUAUGUCGUUCAGAUUGGAUUCCACACCGAUGCUUUUGCACAACUCCACAACGCUCCUGAUAAACUGGAGGCUUCCGAGUGGAUGAACGACUGGACCAUCUUCUACUGGGGUUGGUGGAUUGCCUGGUGCCCUUUUGUGGGUAUGUUCAUCGCUAAGAUUUCACGAGGCCGAACGAUCAAAGAAUUCAUCAACGCCACCCUGACGGCACCAAUAUUUUACACCUUUCUUUGGCUUACUAUAUUUGGUGGAUCCGGAUUACGAAUGGAAAGAAGCGCAGCCUUGGCAAACAUAACAUGUUCAUCACCCCUGGGAGGUAAAAAGGCUACACAGAGCUUUCAUGGUUUGUACCGUCUGUCCUGUCGCACGAAGAAUGAUAUGUGGUUCGACGUGAUGGAUCAAUAUGGAGAUCUUGGACAAUUCCUGUCAGUCACGUCCCUGGUCGGCAUAAUUCUUUACUUUGUCACCAGUUCAGACAGUGGCUCAUUGGUCAUCGACUGCCUGUCUGCAAACGGAGAUCCUGACCCUCCGGUACCACAGCGCGUGUUCUGGGCCUUGACGGAAGGUGCCACCGCGACAGCUUUACUUUACGCUGGAGGUACAGAUGCGCUGCAGGCCUUGCAGGCCGUAUCCAUUGCUGCUGGACUUCCGUACACCAUUUUGCUGUGUUUUAUGUGUGUGGCGCUGUGGAGAGCUGUUCAGAUGGAAGCUNUAGAUCUGGCAUGA